AUGCGUGGGUACAUUUUGGGUAACGCGAGACCGGUGCUGGCGGGUUCCAUAUCCUGCGCUGCGACGUCGCUCUUCGGUAUCUCCCUGGUGUUCAGGAAGACACCGCUUUCCCAGAGCCCCGCCAGUUUGUCCGAUCGGAGCAUCAACACCCAUGUAUUGCUGUGUAGUGGUCGCCCCACGCUCGCCAGCGAACCCGUUUCAGGGCCCAAAGAAUGCGAUUGCAGGCUACUCGGUGUUCCCAAGGUUUUCCAGGUGGCAUUUCGGGCCGAGGCACCACCGUCACGGGUCUCCAAGGUUCGGAAGGCCCUGCGCGUUUUGUUCACAGGCCCCGACAGGGAAAAACGCCUUUCCAUGGCCUCGGCGCUAGGCGUCUACAAGACUCCGGCGAUCGCUGGCGUGCUGGUCUUGACAGGAGUACUCGGCACUUGCUUCGGCCCUUGGGUGCUGGAUGCGCUAGGGCUACUCGGUGUUCCCAAGGUUUUCCAGGUGGCAUUUCGGGCCGAGGCACCACCGUCACGGGUCUCCAAGGUUCGGAAGGCCCUGCGCGUUUUGUUCACAGGCCCCGACAGGGAAAAACGCCUUUCCAUGGCCUCGGCGCUAGGCGUCUACAAGACUCCGGCGAUCGCUGGCGUGCUGGUCUUGACAGGAGUACUCGGCACUUGCUUCGGCCCUUGGGUGCUGGAUGCGCUAGGAUGCGGAGGGAGGUACCUCGAGCGUGUUGGCAUCGACGCGGUAUCAAAGGCACGAGACGUACACCGAAAGAGACCUGCCAACUCCAGCACCGGGCUCUCCCCGUCCGCUGGCGACGUGUCAACCGUCGCAAUGGUUCUCACCGGCGCUGCUGGCAUGGUGAUGGUAAACAUCCCGUGGGAUCGGUCGGCCUUGCUGUUGAUAGCGUUGGGUUCGAUGGUGGCGGGGGCGGAGAUGCCCCUAUCUCCGUGA